CUACGUCACGGACCUUGCAGAUCCGGAAGUGUGGACACUGAAAACACAUUAUGUUUUAUUAUUGUUGAGAGUUUGCAGCAAACGUUAACUGAAGAUGAAAGGAGUAGAGGAGGUUAAAAGGGUCGUACAAAGUGUUUUCAGGGACUCGGCGCCUGUUCUGACGUGCGGGAUUCUAACCGUCGCCCUCCUGUCCUCUGCUCUGUUUGGCAUGACGUCAUAUUUCAGAUGGACCCAGGAGCUGUUCAGCGUGGGUGGAAGUGUUUUCAGGACAGGACACGUCCACAGGCUGCUCACUCACACUUUCUCCCACAGCAGCUUCGUCCAGCUUCUGCUCAGCAUCAACGUCCUGCUGUUGCUCAGCGGCACUCUGGAAAAAGGUGUUGGCACUGUCAGGUUCCUGCUGAUCUUUCUCCUGCUGUCCCUCAUCACAGGCCUGUGUUACUCCUUGGUGGACCUCCUGCAGGAGUUCGGUCCUGCGGAGGGUUUGGUCCCGGUGGCGUUGGCCUGUGCGGCUCUGACAUCGUCCCACUCGAGAUCAGCCAAAGCCUUCUUGUGUGGACUCAGUCUGCCCAUCGUGGCCCUCCCGUGGCUCUUUCUCGUCAUCACCACAGUCAUCGUCCCUCACAGUGUGCUCCCCUGUAACAUCAUUGGUGUCCUGAUUGGCUGGAUGUUUGGGAGAGGAUGGUUUUCCCUCCUGGACACGUCCGAGGCUGAGGCAUGUCUUCUGGAGAAGACAAUGCCUUUCAGGGUGUUGAGGAGAAUCGGUGGCGUUCUGUUUGUACCUGCUUCCGUAGAAGAGCGGAGGAAAACUCUCCUUCCACUCAUCAACCCGACCCCUGGAUCCUACCCGGUCCAAGCGUACGCCCCAGUGUCCAGCAUGAACAGAAGCGAUGCCACAGGCGAGACUUACGAAGGCUGGCCAAAUCCGACUGCCGGCGCACCUCUCCCUCCUCACAGCCACGACUCAGUGCCCUGCUGUGAGCCAAGCCACAGUCCUGGUCCACAGCAGAGUGUGGGGCAAUGCUGCAACCACGACAGCCGGUAGUUUUUGUCAUUAAUCUGAGUCAUUCCGAUGUUGUAGAAAUUGCCGAAUCGGUGUCGUUUUUACCAGCGUGUGUCUGUGGACAAGAUAACUGGACAGAUUUUCUUCAAACCUGAUGGGAAUAUUAUUUGGCUAGAUAUCUAGUGGUGAUUAAAUUUUUAACUAGUUUGGUCAAAAGUCAAGAUUAUGGAAAACAUGGUCUGAAAAACAUCUUUGUUUUAAUAUAUUUCAACAACCAAGAAGCCUAGAUGGAUCAAGCUUGGUGGGAAUAUUACUUAGAUAGAUAUCAGUGGUGGAGGUAAUUACAUUUUGGAGUAGUUUAAAGGUCAAGGAAAACAUGGUCAGAUAAACAUUUUUUUAAAAUCUUCUUUAUCUCAUCAACCGAGAAGUCUAAACACCAUUACAGACAUAUGUAUAUUUACUUGUACAUUUGUAUCAUGGUGUGUCAAGCACACAGGGUGUGCAUCAGCCCCCUGAUGCCUUUCAUUUUAAUAAUCCGCAAUCUGUGAGCUUCCCAGCAAGAAGGUGGUGGGUUCAAAAGUCGCCAUUCCCAUCUAAAGCGUGCAUCUACAGUUGUCUCAGGAUGUAUCUGGUGAAGAACUUAUGCCAAAUCAAAAUGCACAUCUGUAGAUCUCACUGUGGUGACCCGAGCAAACAGGAAUAGCCUAAAGAAAUGUGUGCACACUGUCUGCUAAUGUUUGUUACAAAUGAUUUUUGAAUAAAAAAAUUCUACAUUUUAUUUUGCCAUUUCCACAAAUACUGUAAUUAGAUUUACAUUUGCAUGUUUCACUACUCCUCCCAGGUCCUUCAACCA